AUGAAUAAGUUAGAAAAAUACUUACCUGAAGAUAGUAUAUAUAAGUACGUUCUGGCAGUCCUGCUUGGACUAUAUAUCCUCAACAUAGCUGGAAGAUACAUUUACUGGAAUUAUAGAAAUAGCUAGUUAGAGGCUAGAGCUAAGGCGUUUGCUGAUGAGAAGCAUAAUAGAAAACACGAAUUCAUCAAGGUUGAGAAUGAGAGUAAAUUCCUAGACCUAGAUGUAACUUAAUUAAGAGAAAAACUUCUAUACGGUGAAAUUACUAGCGAGUAGUUGGUUCAUAUUUUUGCUAAUAGAUGUUACACUAUUGGUAGAAGACUAGGAUUAUCUGCAGAAGAGUGCUUCGAUGAAGCUAUAGAAGAAGCUAAAAUAAAGGAUAAAUUAUAACAAAAAGGUAAAAGAACAACGAUUGGAACAUAAUUCAUGAUGGAUAACCUUUCAGAAGAAGACGGUGCUAUUGUGAAGGUGCUAAAGCAACAAGGUGCAAUUAUUUUAGUAAGAGACUCUGGGGUAGAGCUCUAAAUCCUUAUGACUAAGAAAGAUCUUGUGGUGGAUCCUCUGGUGGUGAUGCUGCUUUAGUUGCUUCAAGAUGUGUACCACUUUCUUUUGCAACUGAUCUUGGAGGUAGUCUCAGAGUACCAAGUCAUUUCAACGGAGUUUUCUGCUUGA